CAGAGAACUAAAAAUUCAACAUUAGCGCAAAAAUGGGAUGUUUCUGUUGCAAAACUUCUGUCAAAGAGCCAAAAAAACUGGUAUACUCAUGGGUUGAACGAAAACACUUGGAUCCUGCGGAUUAUGUGAUGGAAAAUUUAAACGGUUGUACUGCUUAUAAGUCUCCAGGAUCAAUUGGCGGCCAACAAUUUGUUAUUCGUAAUUGCCAGGACUCCAAUAUUUACUUGCUAGAUCAUACUGGUUCAGUAACUAUAGAUGAUUGUCAAAGAUGCACAAUUGUAGUAGGACCAACCAAACAAAGCGUUUUCGUGAGGGAUACAAUCAAUUCAACAGUGGUAGUUGCCUGUGGUCAGUUUAGAGUUCGUGACUGCGCAUCUUUAAAGAUUUCGCUAUUUUGCUCCACUCAGCCUGUGAUCGAAUCUAGUCGAGAAUUACAAUUCAGUUGUUACCAGUUCUAUUAUAACCAAUUGGCUGAUCAAUUUGUCAAAGCUGAUCUUAAUAUAUGGAAUAACAACUGGAGAACUGUGUACGAUUAUACGUGGAAUGAAGGUGACAACUGGACUGUGAAUGAAAAGCCUAUCGUCGUUGAGUUAUCUGAUCAAUUAAAUAAGUAUGGAAUUACAAGUGAAUCUAAAAAAUCAAUUGUACCUCUCACCAAAUGUAAUCAACAGUCUGGAGAAAAUUGCUUUGUUGCCUUUGGAUGUGGAAUUGAAGCUUCACGAUUUGUACAAGCUUUACAGUCGCAUGAGACAGAUUUAUUGUUAAUCAAAUGCAAUUAUAGUGACAGCAAAGAUACAAAAGUGUUCCAAGAACGAGCCAAAUUAUUUGGAACUAAAAAAGUUCAAAGAAUAAUAGGGCUACAAUUACAGGGCCCACAUGCUAUAAAUAAAUGUUUAGCGAUUUUAGCCAACGAUUUUCCUCAAUUCACAACAAUAAUCAGUACAACAGACACCGAAGCCAAAGAACUAAUUAAAAUGUUUUUUCACACAUUUGAGAGUGAAUUUCAACCCUAAUGGUUAAAUUAUUUAAAAAUUAAUUUAAUUUAAUUUUUAUGUACCUAGUUAUUCCA